CAUGUCUGUGUCCAUACAUCUUGUCCCGGCACCCUCGGGCUGGCAUGUCGAUGCGCCAACCUCGGUUUUCCCUGGAGACAUCAUCCAGUCUGCCCGACUACACCAGCAGCUUAGCAGCCAAGCCGUGCUCGACUGUGUUGUACCGGAACAGCCUGUCGGAGUAAGUCGACGCCAACCUCAUUAGCGGGCUUCACCUCGCUCCGUCUCGCGAGUAUCCGGCAGACCGCCGCCCAAUGGCUCGGAAGGGGUCCCGCAAGGUCCGGACCGGGUGCCUGACCUGCAAGGUCCGCAAGAUCAAGUGCGAUGAAGGCAAGCCGAGCUGCCAGCGGUGCACCAGCACGGGGCGCAAAUGCGACGGGUACGCCGAGGCGAGCCCGCCGCCGACCGGGACGCUGUGGUACCGGCCCCGGACGGCGUUCCAGGGCGUCGACGAUGCGGCCGAGCUCCGGGCCAUCCAGCGCUUCACCGAGGACUUGAGCCCCGUGCUGGCCGGCCACCUCGACCCGUACUUCUGGACGCACCUAGUCAUGCAGUUCUCACACUUUGAGCCUGCUGUCCGCCACUCCCUCGUCGCCAUCAGCGCUCUCCAUGACCAGCCCACCGCCCUCACCACCACCCGGCCCCAGCUCGCCGACAACCCUUUCGCCCUCCACCACUACAAUGCCGCUAUCCGCAAGCUACGCGCCAUGCGCAACGAGCCCCUCGCCCUCCUCGUCUGCAUCCUCUUCACCUGUAUCGAGGUCCUCCAGGGCAACAAGCCCGCCGCCAGCGCCCAUUGCCGACAUGGCACCCUCAUCCUUUCUCAUGUCGAGAAGACAUAUCCCUGGGCCCGCCGGUACCUGUCCCCCAUAUUCCGCCGCAUCAACAUCAUGCCCUUUUUCUUCGGCCAGCCAGACUUCCCCCGUAUGACCGAGCUCGACGACCCUAUCCCGUUCUCCUUUGCCGACCUGAGUGACGCCCAGCUCCACCUCGACGGCAUCAUAAACCGCGCCAUCCAUCUCCUGCGCUACGGCAUGAUCAACCGCCCCAACACGCCAAACUAUGCCUCCCUACCUAUCCCCCAGGCAAUCCUCGACGAGCAGCUCGAUCUCAUGCGGCGCCUCAAGCAGUGGCAUGCCAGCUUCGCGGCGAUGCGCGGGAAUCCUGCCAGUCCAAGGACAAACGCCAGAACUAGCGCCCACAUGCGCUUCAUGGCUGGCAGCGCCCGUGUAUGGGUUGAGACGACCUUCAAGGACGACGAGAUGAUGUACGACCAGUAUAUCCACGUCUUUCGAGAGCUCGUUGACGAAGCAACCAAGAUUGAGCUUCUCACCAUGGGGCGAGAAGACAGUGACGCCAGUGACACUGACGACAGCAGCAGCAGCAGCAGCAGCCACAGCAGGGAUUCCGACGGCGCAACAACAGAGCGGCCCAGAUUCACCUUUGAGAUGGGCUAUACGCCAGGUCUCUACUUCAUCGUGCUCAAGUGCCGCUGCCUCGCGACGCGGCUCCGCGCCCUCUCGUUGCUGCGGACCCUUAGCGUAGCGAGGGAAAACCUCUGGGAGACUGCUGCGCACUACGCCACUGGGAAGCGGGUAAUUGAGCUCGAGCACCAGAUCUCACUCGGCGAUGACGAGAUGCCCCUCGCCGAGGCAACUUCGGUCGCCUGGAAUGAGCGGCCCCCUGACGUGCGCAGGAUACGGUCGACCGACUCGACGGCAGAUCUGAGCGUACGAACAGACGCCGGCACAGGCCAGCCAGUCUACGAGAGACAGGGAACAUUUUAUUAUGGCUCGUCCGGAGGCGGGUUGUACGCUUAUACGGAAAUGUUACCAGAGAUACCGAAAAGGUGGUGGUAGAUUAUUCUCUACCCGAGAUCGUGUCUGCAUGAAAUCGUCCUCAUUAUUUAUACAAGAUUCUACUUGCUACGUCACGGACCC